AGGACGCCACUAUAAAAUGAGGCGCGCCACUAGCUUAGCCCAUCUUGCUUGCUUGCUUGCCGCUCUCAGCCUCUCUCUCGGCCAUCACUCUCUUUAAAGCUGCAGCCAGCAAGCUCAAGAAAAAGGAAGAGAUAGAACCGAUCGAUCAAUCCAGGCUACUCCAGCUAGCAGCUUCAGCCUGCAGGCCACAAUGCAUCGACAGAGGAGGAGCAUCUCCUCCCCGGGAGGCAACCUCUCGCCGCCGCUCCUCGUGGUAGCCGCCGCCGUAUUCGUCGUCGCCGGCCUGAGCGCCGCCGUCCCUGGCGCCGCCGCGUACAAGAACUACACCGUCGGCGACGACAAGGGCUGGUACGACGGCCUCACCCACCCCGGCGUCGACUACCAGGAGUGGGCCGACGGCAAGAACUUCAGCCUCGGAGAUUUCCUCAUAUUCAACACGGACAAGAACCACUCGGUGGUGCAGACGCGGAACGAGACGCUGUACAAGAGCUGCGACUACAACGACUCCGGCCCGGACGACACCGUCGAGUGGUCGGCCGCCGCGCCGGAGUUCAGCAAGGACGCCGUCACCGUCGCCGUGCCGCUGCUCAAGGAAGGGAGCAGCUACUUCUUCUCCGGGAACUACGACGGCGAGCAGUGCGAGAGCGGCCAGCGCUUCGCCAUCGCCGUCGCCCACGGCCAGGGCCUCCCGCCGGACCUCCGCCCGCCGGCGGCCGAGGCUCCCGGCCCCUCCUCCUCCGCCGGCGCCGCCGCCGACGCGCCGCCCACCUUCGACUUCAGCCACCCCAAGAACGUGUCCAACUCGCCGGCCGACACGUCGACGACCGCGCCGCUGGACGACGCCGACGACGCGCCGACCACCGGCGGCGCGGGUCGGAGUAUAGCCAGGCUCGGGUCCGGUCUGGCGGCGGCGGCGACUCUGCUCUUCUUCGUGGUGCAAGUGUAGUUCACACACAUGGGUGCUCACAUGGCGCUUGAUUAAGCUUUUGCGCCUGAUUUAAGUUAUGGGAUUUGUUUAAUUUGUUGUAGUUUAUUUUUUUGAGCUGUUUGAGUAGGAAGAGUGUUGUACACUAUACCACCUGAGAUGGAGUAUAUGAUUUGCUUCUUUACGUGUAAAGUAUUUAUCUUUACUGGACGGUA